AUGUCUUUUGCGUCACGCCUCGGUGCUCUAACUCGUGAGCUUGUUCAAACGCUAGUCCCUUCAUCCAUCCAAGGAGACGAGUCAAAAAUUAACAAAAUAAGUGAUGCUUCAUUGAAAAGAUUGAAAUCGCAUACUUUUCUCCAGACAAAUCAUUUUGAAGUAGAAAAGACACUCGAGGGACUUGAUGAGCGGUUCCGUGUCAAUAACCGAGAUGACUUGGCAGAUGCCUUGCGCCAACGACUGGUGACGCUAAAAGGCACUCCAUCGAAAUGGCAUCCUGAGAUUCUGCAUCUACUCUUGGAAUUAUCUGAUCAGCCUACUUUUAAAUCCAAACUUGAUGACCUGGAGUUGUUGGGGUACGAUGAUGUCGAACCCACAACCGCAUUACGGUGGGAGGAUAUUGCCAAGGAGGAUGGCUGGGACCAGGACGACCUUUUAUGGAUGGACGUGAAUUACAGCGACGAGUCUGGAGAUGAAGUCUUCGAACAGCAAUCUACGACCGAAUCUGAGGCCACAUCGUUGUACGGGGACGGAGAUCACGCAGCACGAACCGCAGAGACAUAUGUAACCCACCCUCAAGACUCAACCACCUUUGAACAAGUUCAGACUGCGCAGAAAUGGAGAACACAAGCGCAACCCGACGACCCAUCGAGACAUGCACGAAAAGUAGCCGUUUCUGAAAUCCAGGUCGUGCGAGACGUUCUCUUCAUGCUUCAGGGACUGGACUGCACUCUCUUUUCCCGAAAUUGUGUGGCAGACCUGUCCUUUCAACUCGAGAACAUGGCAUGGGAAACAUACAGAGCCAUUAUGCAAAGCUUUACAGAUUUCGGUAACCACCUGCGGACGCUUCGUUUAUUCGUCGGGCAACGGCAGGAUGUUCCUCAUUUGCAAGCAUUUCAGGACUGCAUCUCUGAUCGACUGCGUCAGCUGGAUGUGAACAUUUCCGAACUACAAACCCGCCUGGCUGCGCCUUCAUCAGAGUAUGUGCUCAGCCUGGUGAGAAUCAAAGCCGAAUUGAUACCCUGGCUGGAACCAUUGUACGCCCUGGCAGACAUCGUGUCCACGAUUGGAUCUGAGCCAGAUCCCACACCCUUCCGAUAUCUAGAAUUAGUGUUUGACGAAACUUGCGCUGCUCAACUGAGUGGGAAAUCAGAACUGUACGAGUUUCUAGCACGAAUCUUUGCCGAAUGCUUCAGGGUGUAUCUACGCCCGAUUCGUCUAUGGAUGGACGAGGGGAAGUUGCUGUCAGCCAGUGAUUUAUUCUUCGUAGCAGAGGUACCAACCGCUACUCCAUUAGGCAAAACAUGGCAAGAGGGAUAUCAUCUCCGCCGAACGCCAGAUGGAACCUUGCACGCACCGGCGUUUCUUCGAACAGCCAUAGGCAAUAUCUACAACGCAGGGAAGAACAUCAUCGUCCUCAAAUUGCUUGGGAAGCACGACGCAGCCGUUUCACAAAAGGCCCGACCCGAACCACCACUCGACUACGCCACGAUUUGUCCAGCCGGACAAGAACUCGUACCCUUCGCAGAGCUCUUCGACCUCGCGUUCGACCGCUGGAUCCAGAGCAAGUAUCGCACAACGUCGACGACGCUCAAAAACGCCCUCUUCAACGACUGGGCACUGAGUUCGACCCUCGACACCCUCCACAGCAUCUACCUCAUGUCCGAUGGUGCAUCAUCCACCCUCUCCGACAGCAUAUUCACCAAGCUAGAUGCCCUGCAAACCAACUGGUCAGACCGGUACGCCUUAACAGCCGCCGCCCAAGACAGCUUCACCACCAUGGACCCCAGCCGCCUCACCAUGACCGUCGCGCCCAACAUGCACAACCUCCCUGCCGUCCAGUGCCGCAACUCAGUCCGCAGCAUCCUCAGCGGCAUCACCAUCACGUAUCGCCUCCCCUGGGCCCUGCAGAUGAUCUUCACAGACACCAGCAUGCAGCACUACCAGUCCAUCUUCACGCUCCUGCUCCAACUCAAACGCGCCACAUACACGCUUCACAAGCCCAAAAUCCUAGACAACUACUGGACCGACCACGACAACUGGAACGCCAGCGCCGUCUUCUACGCUUCCCGCAGCAAACUCCUCUGGUUCUGCACCACCCUCCAGACAUACCUGACGACCCUGGUGCUCACCCCCAUCGACAUCCAGCUGCGUCGGGACCUCGCCUCCUCCCACGACAUGGACGAGCUCAUCUCCGUGCAUCAACGAGCCACAAAAGCAAUGAUUGACCAAGCAUGUCUGGGGAGCAGAUUGACGCCCAUCCUCGACACCAUCCUCGACACACUCGAUCUCUCCCUCAAACUAGAACGAAUACGCACCGGGGCCAUACAACCAGAUGAAUCCACCGAUACGUCUUACCAAGAUAUGUUGAUUUCUCUCAAAGCAGACAUCGACAGCCAAAUACGCUUCAUAUAUUCCGGACUACGCGGCCUCGCACGCGCCACCAGCGACGCACAGUCCACAAAAUGGGAUAUCCUAGCAGACAUGCUCCAAACAGGAGACAUUACAUAG